GAAACUGUCUGGUCCACCAGUCGAACAAAAAAGUAUUUGAAGCUUUUGGAAGAGCUGCAGCAUAGCAUAGCAAUGGAGAAAGCGGCGCCGUUUUCUACUUCCAAAAUCUCAUCAUCAUCAUCAACGUAUUCUAUUCUUCCUAAAACUUUAUACAGUAAUAAAAUCCACAGCAGAUUAUCUAAAUUCAAACCUCCACGAAACCUCUCAAUUCGCGCCGCUUCUGCUUCCGAUUCCGCAGUAGUGACAUUGUUAGACUAUGGAGCUGGAAAUGUGCGUAGUGUUAGAAAUGCGAUUGGCGUUCUCGGUUUCCAAAUUAAAGACGUGAAAACUCCAGAGGAUAUUUUAAAUGCAAAUCGCCUUAUUUUUCCCGGUGUAGGUGCUUUUGCUCCUGCUAUGGAUGUCCUUAACAGAACCGGAAUGGCCGAGGCGUUGUGUACUUACAUUGAGAAUGACCGUCCUUUUUUAGGGAUUUGCCUUGGACUUCAGCUUCUUUUUGAGUCUAGUGAUGAGAAUGGUCCUGUGAAGGGUCUUGGCUUGAUUCCUGGUGUGGUGGGGCGUUUUGACUCAUCGAAUGGUUUCAGAGUACCACACAUUGGUUGGAAUGCUUUGCGGAUUGCUAAUGACUCAGAAAUUUUGGAUGAUAUUGGAAACCGCCAUGUCUAUUUUGUUCACUCUUAUCGUGCCAUGCCGUCUAAUGAAAAUAAAGAUUGGAUUUCUUCGACCUGCAAUUAUGGUGAUAACUUCAUAGCGUCCAUUAGAAAGGGAAAUGUGCAUGCUGUUCAGUUCCAUCCAGAGAAGAGUGGAGAUGUUGGUCUUACUGUACUGAAAAGAUUUUUGAAUCCAAAUUCAUCUUUGGCCAAGAAGCCUGCUGAAAGGAAGGCAUCGAAACUUGCAAAGAGGGUAAUAGCUUGUCUUGAUGUGAGGACAAAUGAUAAAGGAGAUCUUGUUGUAACCAAAGGAGACCAGUAUGAUGUGAGAGAACACACAAAAGAAAAUGAGGUUAGAAAUCUUGGCAAACCUGUGGAGCUUGCAAAGCAAUAUUAUAAAGAUGGGGCAGAUGAGGUCAGUUUUCUGAAUAUUACUGCUUUUCGAGACUUCCCAUUGGGCGAUUUGCCAAUGUUGCAGGUGUUGAGGUACGCUUCAGAAAAUGUAUUUGUACCAUUAACUGUUGGAGGUGGAAUUAGAGACUUCACGGAUGCAAAUGGCAGGUACUAUUCUAGUUUGGAAGUUGCUUCUGAAUAUUUUAGAUCUGGGGCUGAUAAAAUAUCAAUCGGAAGUGAUGCUGUCUAUGCUGCAGAAGAAUACAUAAAAACUAGAGUCAAGACUGGAAAGAGCAGCAUUGAACAGAUAUCUAAAGUAUAUGGUAAUCAGGCAGUUGUUGUGAGUAUUGAUCCUCGCCGAGUUUAUGUUAAAUCUCCUAGUGAUAUAGAGUUGAAGGCUAUUAGGGUAACUAAUCCAGGUCCAAAUGGUGAAAAAUACGCCUGGUAUCAGUGUACGGUUAGCGGUGGACGUGAAGGUCGUCCAAUUGGAGCCUAUGAACUUGCAAAAGCAGUCGAAGAGUUAGGAGCUGGAGAGAUAUUACUGAACUGUAUUGAUUGUGAUGGUCAAGGGAAAGGUUUUGAUACAGAUUUAAUAAAGUUGAUCUCUGAUGCUGUAAGCAUUCCUGUAAUUGCAAGUAGCGGUGCAGGUGCUGUUGAGCACUUCACUGAGGUAUUCAGCAAAACAAAUGCGUCUGCAGCCCUUGCUGCUGGCAUUUUCCACAGAAAAGAGGUGCCUGUUCAAUCAGUGAAAGAGCAUUUAUUGAAGGAAGGCAUAGAAGUCAGAAUCUAAAUAGCCAAAGGCUAAUGACAAUGCAACUUUAUACCAUUAACUUUUACUGCGGAUUUAUCAGAUAGCCAUCAGAGUUAUUCUUAUAUACUAUACUUUAUCUUGUAGCUCUAGUCUAUCUUUUAAAUUAUUUGUUUGUCAUUUUGACAUGGCUUUGUAUCA